CGCCGGGCUUUUGAACGGACCGGAAGUGGAUUCGGCCGACUUCCGGCGGUUGGGCUGUGAAGCGAAAGGCGUGUCGGGAAUGGCGACCAAGAGGUUGGCGCGGCAGCUUGGAUUAAUUAGGAGAAAGUCAAUUGCACCAGCAAAUGGAAAUCUAGGAAGAAGCAAAUCCAAGCAGUUGUUUGACUACUUAAUUGUCAUUGAUUUUGAGUCCACAUGCUGGAAUGAUGGGAAACGCCACCAGAGCCAGGAAAUAAUUGAAUUUCCAGCAGUCUUGCUGAACACAUCAACUGGAGUGAUUGAAUCUGAGUUCCAAGCUUAUGUUCAGCCUCAGGAACAUCCAAUUCUCUCUGAAUUUUGCAUGGAACUGACAGGCAUAAAGCAGGCUCAAGUUGAUGAAGGAGUCCCUUUGGAGAUUUGCUUGUCUCAGUUCUGUAAGUGGAUUCAGAAGAUUCAGCAACAGAAGAAAAUUAUUUUUGCUACUGGGGUUGCAGAUCUUUCUACUUCUGAAGUAAAAUUAUGUGCAUUUGUUACUUGGUCAGACUGGGAUUUGGGGGUUUGCCUGGAAUAUGAGUGUAAAAGAAAACAGCUGUUAAAACCUGUGUUCUUAAAUUCUUGGAUUGAUCUCAGAUUAACUUACAAGAUUUUCUAUAGGAGAAAACCAAAAGGUCUAAGUGGUGCCCUGCAGGAAGUGGGAAUAGAAUUCUUGGGACGAGAACAUUCUGGGUUGGAUGAUUCUCGGAAUACUGCCCUUCUUGCUUGGAAGAUGAUCAGGGAUGGUUGCUUAAUGAAAAUUACAAGGUCUUUGAACAAGGUUCCCACUAAGAAGAAUCCCAACAUUUUGUUCAGAAAUUUGAAUAUAAAUCAAGUUGAAGAAACAUCGUCCUGCAACAAUAGCAUUCAGGGUCCCAGCAUAUUUGAUAGUGAACGUAAAAAUACAAUAAAUUCUCAUGAAAAAGUUAAAAUGACGUCAAUUGGUGUGAAUUCUCCUAUAAAGGUACAGCAAGAUCAGUUACAACUAAAGAGUGGUAUAAAAGUGGGUCUUCACACUGUCAAUAGCUGUUUAUCUCUUUCUAAUGCUAAGUCCUCCACUUCUCUGGGGCAGUUGCAGUCUCUCAGCUUGAAUACACCUAUGCAGAAGCAACUAACAAAUGAACAUCUUGCAUUUAAUACCAAAUCUAAGUCUUCAACAAUUGGUUCAGAACUGGUACUUGUUUCAACUACCAUUUCAUCUGUUAAUCGUGUUUCUGAUACGGAAAUGAGUUCUGCUCUUGACGGUUUACCUAUGUUGGCCGAGUGGGAGGAUGUAGCAUUACUGCCAGCAUCUCAACCUGAGCAAAAUAUAGAUUUUAUACCUGCCAUUAGCGACUCAAACUUAGAUACUUCAUUUAAUUCUGGAGAAAGAUUAAUGGUUUUAAACGAAUCUGAAAUGCUAAGUCAUGAAAACUUGGAAGGCACAGAAGAAACUCCUCAAAAAGCUGAGACAUCUAAGUCUAUCGUGUAUAAGAGUCCACAUACUACUAUUUAUAAUGUAAAAGAAGCCCAAGAUCCAGGUUCCGAUGUUUCUGACUUUAAAUUACCUGAAUCCAAAUCAAGUAGCUUCAACAGUGUAAAAGCCAAUAUGUCUCAACCUUCAGUUUUAGGGAAACAUCCUCUUCUUUUACGUGGUACUAAAAGGAGUCCAUCCAUUCCUCCAGCUUUCCCACCAGCAAAAAAACAGACCUUCACUAUUCAUGAAGAAAAGCCUACAUCAUCUGCUGGCUCCCCAGGGAGAAGUUCUUCCCAGAAGGUUCUCUACUCUAACUUAACUUCUACAGUUAACCUACAAAAGCCUUGGAAGAGUGGGAGAAUGACACCUCCUCUGUGCAAAUGUGGCCGAAGAUCUAAGAGACUUGUUGUUUCUAAUAAUGGACCAAACCAUGGAAAAGUCUUCUACUGUUGCCCUAUUGGGAAAUACCAAGAAAACAGAAAGUGCUGUGGUUAUUUCAAAUGGGAACAAACACUUCAAAAGGAAAGAGCUAAUAGCAUAGUUCUGUCUCAUUCCCCAGGGGAACUAACUUGUAGUUCUCCAGAAACAAGCCCUGAUUCUGACAGAAAUGUAAAUUUUUCUACUGAAAACUCAUUGAGACUCAGACCUUCAAUGAGGAAUUGAUAAACUUUCUUUACAUCUAAACUAUAUUUUUACUUUAAUGUGACUUUUAGUGCAGUAAAGAGAAAAAAGUAUAUAGGGCUACAAGUUAUGAGGAUUUAGCAUAGUCUGUAGACGACACUGAGGCUAUUAAAAACACACACACACACACACACACACACUCACUGAAAACAGAAAAAACAAAUUUCACAGGCUUCCAAUUUCAUUCACCGGUUAUCUAACAUUUGUCUUCUAUUCAUGUAUGAUUCCUGAGUGUUUCUUGAAUUCCCAAACAUUAUGAGUAUUCUGAUAAUGUCUUACACUAUUUUAUUUAUAUUUCAUAUAUUACCAUUUGCCAAAUUUAUCAUACUUUUUUGAAGAACCACAAAUGAAAUAUUCUGUAAACUAUAUUUAUUAGAAUAAAUAUAGUAUAAUAAGCAACAAUAGUGUAUGAUAUCCUUCAUUUGCUGUUAGACCUUGAAACAAAUUUUAAACUAUUUUUAAGUUAUUUGAAUAAAAAUGUGACUAAUAAAAAUCCCUAGCCUAUUUUCAAGUAGAUACUCGUACAUUGAGAAUUAUGAUAAUCUUCUGAUAUGUUUUAUUUUUCUAAAAACUUUAAUGAGUUGUUUAGUUUUAUUUCAGUGCUUGAAGAUUGGUUCUGAUUUGUGUAUCAAUGUAUCAGGAGAAUUAUUCAACUAAGAUUUGAAAACCAACAGAUUUGGUUCAGAAAUUGCUUCU